CUUUGGGGAGUGGAUCCAAAUGGUGGGCUGAAGGCUUUGCAUUCGUGCGUCUGGCACAUGACCGGUGCAUUGACCGGUGCAUUAAACUGAAAACCACUUCUUGGAGAAGAAAAGCUGAUGCGGCAGAGUGAGUGCAUCAUACGCGGUACUGUAUGUCAACGCCAGAUAUGACCCCGCUGCAAAGGCGGUGGGAAGACAAGGAAGUUGACUCAACGAAUCAAGUGGCAGAAGGAUGCAAUCAUAGUGGAUGUAAACUAGUCGACAACUUUAUUUGCACCACUUGCUGCAAAUUUCUCAACAUUGCGCAUUUGGCUACGACCUGCAAGGCAGACAGUCCAAGAUAUUUCGUCUGUUUAAAUUAGUUGAUUAAAGCAACAGUAUUGUCUAUUUAGUUGCUGUUUUGAAACCCAUGCAAUUAUUUCAUAUUUCACAUGAUUUCCACUUUUAUCAAUAGGGCUAUUGAGCUCUCAUUUGUACUGCGGCCGGUAGCACUGCACGCCUUGCCAAAAUAAUGUGAGCAUUUGGAUUGUAUUUUACAAAAAAAAAAGGGAAACGUGUCGCUGUAAUGAAGUUAAUAUGAACAUUUCGAAUAGUCUGCAAUGGUAACCGGGGAAUGUGGAACAACCAUGCAUCGAAUUCUGCGGAGGAGAAAAGUGCGCAAACUUCGCUUCGUCUGGGCAUUCAUGGCCAUGGUGGCUCUGUCGCUCUCCGCCUGCAGCGCACUGUUUACGGCGUGGACCUGGAGACAGACGCGGGACCUGUCCCAGUCAUUAAAAACUCUGCAAGACCGAUUGGAGCAGGUGAAUACUCAGCGGAAGGCCAUUGUCCAACUCAUCAUGGAGAAGAGAGAUUUGCUGGUGGGCCAAAGGGUGAAGAGAGAUGGGGGAACUGGGAAAGGGAAGAAUGGAAAUGGAAAGAAAGUGGCUUCUCAGUUUGAGAUAACCAAAGAGUCUGUUCAGAAAGUGGGAGAGGACGGCUUGAUAAAAGGAUGGACGGACUCCGAGCACUUGAAUAUGAGCAAGGCGGUGAAAUACAACGCAGACAGAGGCAUCUUCACAGUUGAGAGAACGGGAGUCUACUUCCUGUACUGUCAGGUGUUGUUCAAUGAGAACCAGUCUCAGCUGGUGAAGCUGGACGUGGCGGUGGUGAGGGGGAGCCAGCGGCUUCAGAGGUUACAGUGCAUGGAGGGCUACGGGACUACGCCUGCAGCCGGAUCACACCAGUUCCACUUCCUCAAACCCUGCCAGGUGUCCGGCCUGCUGCGCCUGGAGAAGGGGGUGGAGCUAAAAGCCAUCACAGGCCCCGCUUUCAACCUCCACAUCACGGGAAAGCAUUACUUCGGUCUCUUUAAGGUCAACUGAGCUACCGGAGAGGAUGGGCAUUUUAAAAGGAAGGAGGAGAAACCUGUUUUAAAGGAAGUGUUUUGUCUUAUUCCGACUUGUAUCAAAGAGACACACCAAUGUGAUAUUUCUGGAUUCGUUUUUAUUGUGAAAUCUGGACCAACGAUCUGAAUCGUUGGAAUAACUAUGAAUCAUGUUACCUAUAGACACUCUGUAUGAUACUUUUUCAAAGACAGAAACUACAAGGAAGACUUGAAGUGAAACUAUAUUAUGCACUUCUGGACUCUCCAAGAGUUUCUACCCCUGCUUCUUUGAAGAUUUAAAACUAAUGGAAUAUUCUCUGAUGGAGCUGUUUUGGAGCACAACACAUCCACCUGACUCUUCUUUCACCGUGACUUGGCCUGAAGACUGCGGGUGCACCUCUCUGAGGAGCUACGCUGGUGGACUACUGAAUGAGAAGUAUUUUGGAUAAUGAGCUCUACAACUCUUGUCUCUUUUCCAUUGUAAUCCUAGCUUAGGUUAUUUCAGUAGCUUGGAGAUAAUAUAAGCAGCCCAAACCCACCCCCUUCAGAACAGCCUCAGUUCGUCAGGGCAUGAACUAUACAAUGUGUCAAAAGUUUUCCACACGGAUGUUGGCCCAUGUUGACUCCAAUGCUUCCCACAGUUGUGUCAAGUUGGCUGGAUGUUGUUUGAGUGGUGGAUUGUUCUUGAUACACAUAGGAAUGUGUUGAGUGUGAAAAACCCAGAAGCGUUUCAGUUCUUGGCCCCUGUUCAAAGGCACGUAAAUCUAUUGUCUUGCCCGUUCACCCUCUGAAUGGCGCACAUACACAAUUCAUGUCUCAAUUGUCUCAAAGCUUAAAAAUCCUUCUUUACCCGGUCUCCUACCCUUCACCCCUUCAUCUACACUGGUUGAAGUGGAUUUAACAAGUGACAUCAAUAAGGGUAGGGAUCAUAGCUUUUUUAUGUCAUGGAUGGAGCAGGUGUUCUUAAUGUUUUGUACACUCAGUGUAUAUCAUCUUACCAAAAGUAUGCAUCUCAAUCUGUUAACAUUAUAGGCCUAUCAUAUAUAAUUUUCAGAUGCAAAUAUUGUUCUGUUCACAUUCAACUAAACAGCGAUGCGCACCUCGGCUCAAGCCUAAAAAACCCCAUCAAAAGUCCAUUAUAGUGCACUGCACUAUGAGACGCAUUGGAUUGAACCUUGACCUGUAUGUGAAAAUAAGGGUCAACAUGUGGAGAUAUUUCAUGGUGGAAAUAGAAAUGAUUUUGUAUAUUAUAUUCACAAUACUUGUACUCAUUCCAAAGCUCUCUUACGUGCCAUUUGCAGCAGUAUGUUUUGAAUACAAACAGUACAAACAGAGUAUUUCUAUCAGGUUUUGGUUUAAUGUUUCACCACUCCUACUCUGGUUUAUAAGUAGUAUGUGGGGGACCACAUUGGUUUCUGCUCAGAAAUUUCCACACGUGCACGCACGCAUGCAUGCACGCACGCACACACACACACACACACACACACACACACACACACACACACACACACACACACACACACACACACACACACACACACACACACACACACACACACACACACAGCAAAAGUCAAGUUAUUAUGGUUUCCAGCUCUAAAUGUCAUUUCUCAUCAUUAGAUCAAAGGUGUAAAAUGUGGUUUUGUAAUGUAUACAUAGUUCUUGUUUGAUUUCCUAAUCCUUCUCCGCUUCCCUUUUGUGUUUUUAGCCACUUUGCACCUCCCCUCACACACACACACACACACACACACACACACACACACACACACACACACACACACACACACACACACACACACACACACAGCUCUUCAACUCUCACUUCCUGAUUCCGAUCUUGAACCAAAUAGCUGAAAGCGUUUGAUGAAAAACAUGUCGGGCACUUCCCUCCCCAAUUCUUUUUAUUUGAAAUGUCAAAGUUUAUUGCCACUUUAAAAAGCCUUAUUUUGCACAAUGAGGCCUUUCGCUGAGAAGUCUAACAAGUAGGGCAAGGUUGAAGAACCAGUGAGGGGAUAUUGUGUAUAUACAUGUUUGCGAAAUUAUGUCUGCAACGCUGGUUGUUGUUCUAAACUCACUUCCUAUAAAAAUGUUAACCUUUAAAACCUUUUUCCGUUGAAA